AUGUCUCAUUCACCAUCAAUCAGUGAUAGUCCGAGCAGUCGGGAGCCUGUUUGGGAAGAAAAACAGGACGAUACGCGCGAAAACAUGGCUUCUACUAUCACGCUGUCCGACUUUAAGGACGCGUUGAGCAGAUAUCCCGAGGUGCUAAAGAGCAUUACUAAGACACCAAAACCUGGCUCGAUUCCCCUGGCGGAACUUGAUGAGUUCAGAUAUGUCGAGGCUCCGGCGCGCUUCUCUUUGAAGACCGGUAAAUCGAUGGAGAUGGAGGAUCUUAUCAAGUUGAUCGAAUGGAAGCUCCGUCAUGGUAUCUUUCGCCCAACCCUUCCCAAACUGGUUGCAGCCAAUAGCACCCAGCAACUCCAAGAAGCCACUGACGAUGCAUUCUCCCACUACGCCAGCUCUCCAGAUGACAUCAAGACGGUCCUCCAGAAACUGGCGAAUCCCUUGAGGGGAAUCGGCCCUGCCACAGCAUCCCUGCUUCUUGCAGUCCAUGAUCCCGAUCAUGUGAUAUUCUUCAGCGACGAGGUCUAUCAAUGGCUCUGCGCAGAUGGCGAGAAAGUAACGAUUAAAUACACUUCCAAAGAGUUCGACACCCUGUUUGUCAAGGCUAAAAUUUUAAUGGGCAGACUCGCGGUCAAUCCUAUUGAUAUUGAGAAAGUUGCUUUCGUUCUGAUCAAGGAGAGUGCACCUGUCAUUGAACCAGCGGCGAAGAAGGAGCCAAGUGGACGUCCAAGAGGAAGGCCAAGGAAACCCGAGCUCGAAAUCACGGCUGUGGACCCGUCUAUUCCACGUCGCGGUAGGGGCAGACCACGAAAGGAUGGCAAACCAACCAUCGAAGCUCCAAAGGCUAUUGCAACCGGAAAGAGAGGACGGCCAAAGAAAGCAAUUGCUGAAGAAGAGGACCUUGGUGAAGAUGAACUAGUUGAAACUAUUGAGGAGACUCCAAGGGCUACUCCAGUUGGAAAGAGAGGAAGGCCAAAGAAAGUAAACAUCGAGGAGGAGAAGCAUGACGAUGGUCAGGAAGUUGAAGGCUCCGCUGAGACACCAGAGGCUACACCAGCUAGAAAGCGAGGAAGGCCAAAGAAAGUAAUCGAGGAAAAGAGCCAGGAUGAGGAUGAAGGGGCACCAGCACCCGUUGGGGCGGUCAAGCGAGGACGAGGACGACCAAAGACGAUCAUAUCCGACGCACAGAAACAGAAUGAUCCCGUAGGACUGCCAAAGCGAGGACGAGGACGACCAGCCAAGGCUAGGCCCUCCGAACAGAACCAGGAUGAAGAUAACGAGGAAGCCACCCCUACUACCCCGGCAGGGGCUAGCAAGAGGAAGGCCGAGGACAAUGAUGUUUCCGACCACGGAGAUAAGAAGGCAAGACUCUCCCGGAGCGUGACUGUGGAAACUGUAGGCAGCUAG